AAAAACAUAUGUUUUCGACAACCGAAAACUUAACAUUCCGUUAGGGGUUAUUAACAGCGAAAUCAUAAUUUUUCUGUCACCACUUUUAAUUCUUGGCAAAUUAUUUCAAACUCUCUUAAUAAUAAUUAUUAUUCUAGUUGAAAGAUGUGUUCUAUACGUAGCAUAGAAAAUCGAAUAACUUAAAUUCAACGUUAGCUUUUAAGCUCCAUAUGCAGCCAAGUUACUCGAAAGGCUGCUGUAUUUUAACAUUAUCAAAAUGUUGUGAAGAAAAUGAACCGAAAAAAUAUGUGCAGGGAUGGAAAGAAAUAAAUAAUGUGCAAAACAACCUUUGUAAUUGAGUUAAAUAUUUGCUCCGUGCAUAUGGUUCUUUGAAGGGAGCAUCCCUACUCUUUUUUGUUAUUUCUGUAAUCAGUUGGGCUCAACUGCUCAAGUAUCCAGCUGCAAUUCCUUAUAAAUGUGUUAUAUUUUGAUUAUUCCAAUUGACGUGAACGAAUUUUAAGUACACCAUAGAUAUUUAAGCGUCUAGCAACGCAAAAACAACGAUUUAUGAUGGGCUCCAGAGAUAAAUCCAAGUUUAAAAAUUUUCUUAAGAGUACGAAACCACCAGGCAAUUCUGGCGAGCGAACGUUGCGUCCAGAGUUUGAGCUUGAGCUCCGACCGGAGCAGCCAAUUGCACAGCGCUGUAAAAUGCUUAAAGAACUAGGAGAUUCGCAUUUGCAAAAUAUUAACUUGGAUGAAACCUCCAUAACUAAUCUGUGGCAACUAACCAACGAUCUCAUUGUGCCCAACAAACCGGCAGAAACACGCCAAAUUGCUUUAAGUUUCUAUAAGCGCCUCAUUUUCACACAAUACAAAAACUUAACGCUAAUGCGUGAAAAGUUUUUCCUUGUCAUACAAAAUCAUGAGGCGCACGAGGAUCUACGACAUCUGCUAGAACUACUUGACACUCUCACAGAGAACGGCAAGGAUAUUACCAAUUUCGAAGAGAAGAUUGGUAAAUUUAUGCUGCUGUGGAUACCAGCUAUCACAGAUGCCGAUUUGCUCUGUCCCUAUCUGCAAAUGAUGAUUAAUCUCAUUAAGUUCAAUGCAGCCCACUUGGACAAAGAUAUACUUGUUGGCAUAGUGCAAAAUGCUUGCGAAUUGAGCUGCACUGUGCCGAACGACGACAUUGGCUUACAAUGCCUGACCGUCUUGGAGAUGGUCAUUGGCUAUACCAUAUUCCCUAGCGAGCCGUUACAUCAGUGCAUUGUCACACUGUGCCGCACAGUGAACAGCAAUCACUAUUGCCAAGCAUCGUAUAAGAUAAUGAAAAAUUUGCUGGGUACUCAGCUAGGCUAUCACUCCAUGAAAAUUAUGUGCAACAUACUCAACGACAAGGGACAGUACGAGGAUGCCCAACUGUUGCGAGGGGCAGUGUUUCAUCUGAACAUGAAUAUCUUUGGCUCGAAUAUCAUUUUUCAGGUCUCCUCAAUGAUCUAUGCAACCAACGUAUUAAUGGGCUUUCGGAAUGCAUUGGAUAGCAAUGAGGUGAUUGUGACCUAUGAAGUGAUUCUCAGUGUGCGCAUGGUGAUCAACAAAUACAGACAUGAACUCUCCGAGAUAAUAUGGGAUCUGAUUUGCGACAUUAUGUCGGCGAUCGUCGACAACAUUGAGGAGUAUGAGCGUUUGGGUGUUAACAAGGAUCGUUUGCAUCAUUUACAAAUCAACUUUCACGAGAAUAUUGACUGUAUUGAGAAAUUGCUGAAAAAUGAACGCACACAAAUACUUUGCAAUGUAGAUCGCAUUUACGACCUGAUCGAACGGGUCGCCGAUCGACGUCCUGAAUCCUCUGUCCUGAGCUUAAUCGAUUAUCGAACGCAACGUGUGACUGCUACUCGUCCAGAGUGGCUUUUGUGCUUGACCCAGUUUGUGCACCGCUAUUACCGCAUGUCGAACGUGAAUGUGCGCAUCAAGAUCAUCGAUUCGCUUGUGGAGAUUAUGAACCAGAAUCGAUACAGCUAUGAAGAAGAGAUUCUCGAUCGAGUUGUUGUGCCGCAGCUGGCGCAGAUCCAUCAGGAGUCCAGCGUACAAGUGCGCAGGGCGGUGGCUCUUGCUCUCUCCAACUUUGCGCGCCAUUGCGAUACGAAACGCUGCCUCGAGUUGUUGGACAUAUUGGAGGCACUCAUCAAUCGCCCUUUCGAGCAGUUGCGCCAGAUUGCGGCAGACGCCAGCACAUCGGAGGCAGGCAGCAGCAUUAUCAUAAAAAAUGUGGCCGAAAUUUCCGAUAUAAGCGCCGCUAUCGAUGGGCUUGUUGAGGUGUUUGCCAUUAAGCUGCAUCGCCAACCGGCCGCUCAUGCCAUUAAGAUAUUCAAUAUUUUAAUGGAUCAUCUAGAAUUGCACUACGAUCGCCCAAAGGUCUUUGAACAGGCCAGCAAAGUGCGGCGUCAGAUAUUCGACUGGAUGCUCAAGAUACGCGCUAAUGCCUCCUAUCACAUUGGAUAUCCUGACAGCCCCAAAACCUUAAAGUUUAGCCAUUAUUUGAGUGUCGAGUUGCCAUUACCAUCGCAAACGCAAACAGCAACGAUUUCUAUACGACGUGUCUGUAAUCUGAUUGUCCGCUGUCUAGAGCAGGACUCUGAUUACUCUGUGUUCGAGUUGGUCAUCACGGAGCUGCCCAAGGUGCUGCAGAAUAAAGCCCUUAUUCAGGGCAACGAUAUCGAGAAGCUAGCCAAUACGCUGUUUAAAAUCAACUCGGUUAGCAACAAUAAGUUUAAACAACCCACCGAUAUCUUCCACGGCCUUGUGGUGCGGGCAAUCGCAUCACUGGUUAUCUAUUACGAGUGCCUACAGCCGCCAAAGCACUACAACAUCAUUACAGCCCUCUACUCCCUCAUACAAACGCCAAACACAGCCAGUGUCUGCAUCAAUACAAUUUCCAUUCUCAUCUUGGAGAUGCCCGAAGCGCUAAUGCGUAAGCUACCAGAUAUUUUAUGGCAAAUAAGCAUGAUGUCCGACACGAAUACGGUGGCCAUACCAGUUUUGGAAUUUCUAUCCCUUUUGAUCCAUAUGCCAAACCAUCUGUUCUCCAACUUUACGCCCAUGCACAAUAUGUACGUGUUUGCCAUAUCGCUGCCAUACACAAAGCCUCAUCGAUACGACCACUAUACCGUAUCUUUGGCGCAUCAUGUGAUUGCGGGCUGGUUUCUGAAGAUCAAGCUGGAACUGCGCAAGAAUUGCGUGAGCUAUAUUAAAAUGUCCAUGCAGUCGAAUGCUAAGAUGCUACACAACGACAUUGUCAACAUUAACUCGAACGUGAAUGAAGAUUCCUCGAGUCGUAAGCGCAGCACUAGUCUUACGGAACGAGGAAGUCGGAAUAGCGCAGCGACCCGCAAUGAUUCAGAUAUGCGUCCAUUGAUGAACAACACGCUGCGCAACUUUCAUGCAGAUUUGGUUGAGACGUGCUUUGAUUUUCUAGAACGUCAUACAUUCUCGCCAUGUCCUUCUUUACCCAAGCGCUUGCCGGCCAUUGACUAUUUGUUGAAGGAUGGCGUCUCGCAAACGUGGCUGGUGGGCCAUAAUUUGGUCACAAUUACCACAUCCGGCUGCCCAUCGGGACCCACACGCAACGGACUUUGCGAGCGUUGUGCUCAAUUGAGUAAGGCGCCCAGUAUUAGCUUAAAUUCGAAGAGUCUUAGCGAUGCAGUGCAACCGCCUUUGUCGCCGGAGCGGGAACGGCGCUAUACGAAAAUGAGCUUUCAGCAUAGCAGCGUCAAUGAGAGUGCCGGCAGUACGGAACAUACUUCGUCCUCAUCAACAUCGAACUCGGAUGCUACCGCGCAUCCGCAUCGUCAGAUCUCGAACAGUUCUACGGUCUCGUUAGACGCAUACUCGCGACGUGGGUCCAAUCCGGAGGCUUCUGGCGCCAGUAACCUAGCCGAAGGCUCCCACACGGGCAGCAAUACUUCGCUUUUGGGCAACUCACUCUCUUUGUCAACGGCCAGCGUAGGUCCUUCCACGCGAUCGGGUCCAGUAGUGCAGCAACCCGUUUGUGCGCGUACGUGCACUAGCUGGGCCGAAAUCUUCAUAAGACGUCCCACGGGUAAUAUUUCAUGGAUAACUCGCAUUGAGAAUCCCAUCGCCAACGACUGCUUCGGCCAGGAUCUGCCAUUCAAUAGCGUGGUUUCCCUUUUCUUGCCCACUGCCUAUGGCGGCGUGUUUGGGCCAGACAACCCCAUGCAGGAACUACCGCAGCAGCAGCAGCAAUCGCAACAGGAAGCGCAGUCAGCGCAAGAGGCCGUGGCAGAGCCAGAAGCGGAUGCAGAACCAGCACUUACACCAGCUACAGUGGCAGCAAACACCGAAAUUCGCAAUCGCAUGGUGGCUAAGGCGCGGGCACUGUAUCGUCAAGAAGAGGUUCAUUCCGUAAGCAGUACCGGCGGCGGGGGAAACGGUGGCAACGGCGGCACAGCGGCCAUUGAUAUUCCACGCCUGGCUGCGGGUGUCAAGCGUGGCAAGGAUGCAGCGCUCAGUGGAAGCGUCAGUGAUGGUGAAGCGGACGAUGAUGGUUUAGCAUUUGGUGACGGCCAAGGUAGAGUGCGAAACCCGGUGCGACGCGUCAACUCCAGUCCAGAGAUGACAUCGAGCUGGCGACAGGCAUUCCUGGCUGCGAAGCCAGCGCCCCUCUCGCAAGAGCCGGAAGCCGUAAAAGCAUCCUUCGAAGAACACCAGUUACCGUCGAAGAAGAAGAGCGUACAGUACAGCACCAAAGAUAUGCGUGUCAGCUGCGAAGCUAUACCAGAGGAGAUAGCUGGUUCAACGCCGCCGCAAGGCUCCCAAGGUGCUCUAAAAUGUCCACUGCAACCAGGAGCUGGCGCAUUGCCUCCCAAACAGCACUCAGCCGACGAUGUUAACAGCCAAGUGUCAGAAACCGGAGCUCAGCCGGGCUUGGUCCAGACCUCUGCGUCAGCAUCCUCUCUGAAGCAGGGCGCAGUUGGUAAGCCACCUUUGUCCCCGGGCCAAGUUCAGGCAAUUAUCCCACCCAAACAAUCACCAACUCCAACUAGCUCCGGUCUCGGCCUAGCCAAGUCCAAUAGCAGCGGCUAUGGCAGUAACAAUGGUGGUUCAGACUAUAAUAAUGGGGGCGGUGACAUGAUGCGAGGUCGUUCCAAAACGAUAUCAACGGUGCGUGAGGUGAACAAUGGAAAAACUGGACCCACGUCGGCUACCAAUUUUCGCAGCUUUGGCACAGCCAAGCCGUCCAUCAAUGCUAAGCUGUGCAUGAGUCCCAGUUUCGUUUUUCUCCAGCUCUACGGCACUGGCCAGCAGUCCGUGACAGAGACACCACUCAAAGUUGACCCGGAGUAUUCGAGCACAUUGACACUGCUCGAUCUUGUGCCACCUUUUGAGACGCAUAAGAUCGGCAUUUUGUAUGUUGGUCCAAACCAGUGUAACAACGAGGUGGAAAUUUUGCGCAAUUCCUAUGGUAGCACUCGAUAUGUUGAAUUUCUGCGGAACAUUGGAACUUUGGUCAACCUCAAGGAAGCCGAACAGAAUAACUUGUUCAUUGGGCUCGAUAAAAGUGGCGCUGAUGGCAAAUUUGCAUACAUAUGGAAGGAUGAUAUACUACAGGUCACGUUCCAUGUGGCUACUUUGAUGCCUACAAAUCUGCAGGACGAUCCCAAUUGCAACGAGAAGAAAAAGCACAUAGGCAAUGACUUUGUUAAAAUCAUUUACAACGAAAGUGGGGAGGAUUAUAACUUAACUACGAUAUCAGGCGACUUUAACUAUGCCUGUGUGAUUGUUGAACCGCUGGAGCUAAAUUCAAAUCGUGUCUUUGUCAAGGCGCGAAAAGAGAUCUCCCAUCCAGAGCAGCGAAUAGUGUCCGAUCGCAGUGCUCCUUUACUAGCCCGGCAGAUGGCUCUGCAUGCAAAUCUGGCCUCGCUUGUCUACCAAAGUGUGAAGAAAAAGGAUCCCUAUGCAUCCAAUUUUGUUGAGAGAUUGCGUAAAAUUAAAAAUUUGCGUACAAAGCUGAUUAAUCAUAAACUUGAGCAAAAGAAACAACCAAAUGGCGGCACAUCCAGCAGCAUUGGCAACGCGUCCUCUUCGGCUGUGAACACUGAUUCAGAUGACCAGCGAUCAUGUUUUACCAAAUAUACGUAGGCACUGGACUAGAAAUA